AUGUCCUUCUUCAGGAAUUUCUUCGGCACCUCUGCGACUGCAGCAGAGGUGACAGAUACGAGCAAGACGCCUGUCCGCGCUCUGCCGGCAUCCUGGUACACCUCACCGGCAAUGUACGACUUGGAACGACGGUCCAUCUUCUCCCGCAAGUGGCUUCUUACGACUCACAAAGCCCGCGUCCCAAAUGCCGGGGACUGGGUUCGAUAUGAUACUGCUGGCUAUGAAUUCAUCGUGGCCAAGGAUCAUCAGGGCGGAGUGAAGGCUUUUCUGAGUAACGACCUCUCUCCGGUUCAUGUGCAUCUUGACCGCAAUGGCUUUGUCUGGAUCAAUCUUGAUGCAUCCGAAACCCCGGAGGUUGCCUGGAAAGAUGAUUUUGAGGGUGUCGAUGAGCAGCCUCGAUUCGACUACUACAACUUCGAGGAGUAUAACUUCGACCACACCUGGGAUAUGGAGGGCGAGUUCAACUGGAAAAUCCUCGCAGACAACUACAACGAGUGUUACCACUGUCAGGUAGCUCAUCCUGAUAUCCCUACCAUUGCGGAUCUCAACUCGUAUUACGUCAAACCCAAGGAUGGCCAUAUUCAGCAUUUCGGCGCUCCGCGAGAAGACCAGAUUGCGAAGGGGUUCCGCAUUGCGACGACCUAUUUCUGGCCGAACGCCUCCAUGAAUGUCUCCCCAAACUUCUUCUUCAUGCAGCGUUUCACCCCCAUCAGCCCGACUCAGUGCAUGAUGCGAUACGAAGUCUAUCGCCAUAAAGAUGCCACCGACGAAGCGUUCAACGUCAUUAGCGAUAUGUAUAAGCGAAUUAUGUCCGAGGAUAAGUACCUCUGCAUCCACUCUCAGAAAAACCUAAACGCCGGUGUCUUCGUCAAUGGCCUGCUUCAUCCGGAGAUGGAAAUGGGCCCCCUCCACUUUCAAAAGACCGUUCGUGAUGUUGUCAUGGAACACCAUGAGAAAGAAGAAAAGGCCGGCUAUGAGAUCUGGCCCGCAUCGGAGCGGGCUUCCAAGAAGGCCCCCGGAACCCGAGAGGACCCCUUUGCUUUCCACACAGAGACGGACGACACUUACAUGAGCGAAAAGAAUGACUUGAACGUGACGGUAACGCCAGUCAUGGCUUUAUAG